GAGUUUUCGGUGAAAAGACUAAUCGGUAGUCGUUUUGCGCAGAGUUUGUGUUCAUUAAUGGUAUUAAUAAUCGCAAUAUAUGUGAAACGUUGGGAUCAUUUGAUAUCUAGUCGUUGUGUUGUGUCCAACAAUUACUUCGUGAUGGAAGCGAGUCGUCCGCCGACUAACUGUCAAAUCUGUCGUAAUGUCGACCGCUUUCUCAUUCUGGAGAACACAACCAAAGCUGAGUUCGCGAAGUAUGCAUAUUCUGGUCAACCCAUUCUGGUUCGCGGGGCGACCCAUCACUGGUCAGCGCUCAACACAUUUAGCUUUGAUUUCUUUCAUAAGAUUUAUUCGGAAACUGCCGGCGCUUACGACAGCGUUGAACACGAGUGUCAGUUCUUCCCAUUCAAGAGUGAAUUCAAUCAUUUGAGUGAAGUGUUUGCAAUGCCUGAGGAAAGGGUUCGCAUGACUCCACACGUCUCGAAGCCCUGGUAUAUCGGAUGGAGUAAUUGUAAUCCAGAAAUUGCAUCGAUUUUACGUAAACACUACGAGAGACCCACUUUCCUACCGGACGACUCCGAGUCGAGUGCCAUCGAUUGGAUCUUUAUGGGGUACUCACAGGUCGGGGCCAGUAUGCAUUUAGACUACGUGCAGAGGCCGUCGUGGCAGGCGCAGAUAUCUGGCAGCAAAACCUGGCAUUUGUUGCCACCGCCGGAGUGUGAAAGAGAGUGCAAAGCCAUUAACAUAACCGUUCAAACGGGAGAAAUAAGUACGUGA